UGUAGGGUGGUGCUGGUUACAGAGGCGAAUAGGCCUAAAUAGAGCGAACAUAGGCCUAGGUUAGGUAGGUGCGCUAGGGCGACGGGAGUGCUUGCAGGGUUGUACUCUUUCCCAUUUUGAGCUGAUAGAUCAUAAAGUCGUACCACUUAUAUGGAUAUUUGCCAUUCUACGUAAUUUUUUAACUUGGGACAAUCCCACGCCAACCUGCAGACCUAAAUAUUCUCAUUCGCACUUUUCAACGUCAUCGCAGCAAGCACGAGAAAUAGACACGCGCGCAUCGUACCCGAUUUCGAAAUGAACACGGUCAAGUCAUUCUGGAUGGGCUGGGGCACCCUCUGUCUUGCUGGCGGAGGAGCGUACUAUUUUGCGAAGAAGAGCAUCAACGCCGAUAGAGCCGCGCGCCUCGAGGAAGCCCGCCGAAAGAAGCAGAUGAUCGAUUCUCUUGAGCAUUCCAACAACGUCCCUAGCCAGCCACUAUCUGCGUCGACGAUGGGUGGCUCUCUGAAUAGCAAUGGCCACCCAGCUCGAACUGAUACGGCCGGUUCGCCAAGUCAAGAAGCGAGCAGCGAUCCAGCUCCGACCAGGCAUGCACCCGCUACGGAAGGACAACAAGUGAUAGAGAAGAGCAAGUACGAGAGCAGCACGCCGUUUAGAAGCAAGAAAGGCGAUCGGUUUUCUUAGUCGUCGUUGGUAGCGGAGGGAGUGUCUAUACGUUUAUUAUGAGACCAUAAUGAAUUCCGUGUAUACAAUACGAUAACGAAAAGGCGAGACGAUAAAGACCACUCUACUCCCAAAUUGCCGUUGUUAUAAUAACUAUAAUCUC